AUGGCUGCUCGUAAUCAGCCACCAUUCAAUGAUCUAUUUCAUGGUUUUCAUGAUGAUGACGAUGAAGAAGCGGAUGAAUAUGUUGAUUUCAAUAAUCCAUAUCGAACAAUGGACAAAGAUGAUGACAUCUCUGAUGUGAUUGAAAUUCAAGGAACAGAAGAAGAAAUAGAACGACAAUUAUCAACAACUACUGAACCUUCACAAUCAUCAUCGUCAUCAUCAUCAGUUUAUCAAAAAUUUGAACGAAUGUUUCGACCAAUCGUCGAUAAAGUACCUCAUGUGUUUAAUAUGAAACAUCUCUAUCAAUUGGUUAUUCUUCAACAUCAAUUAACCUUUAUUCAAUUGAAUAUUAAAUUGUGGACAGCCUAUUUAUAUUCGGGUACAGGUCGAUUACUCAAUCAAGAAGAACAAGCAACAGUAAUGAUACAUACUAUGCCAAAUAUUUGGCCUGAAGAUGUGAAAAUAAUGAUGAUUGAGAAACGAAUAACAACAGCAAAGAAUACCAAUGAAAUCAGUGAUAACUAUUGUCUUAAUUAUGUUCAGCAAACUCUCCGUGAAUUUCAAGAACAAAUAACUCGUUAUCAGAAUGAAUUGGAUAUGAAACAAACUGAUGUAGAUGUGACAUAUUGGACAUCAGCAAUCAAACAAGCAAUGGAGAACUUUGUUGAACAACAAGGUAUCAAAGCACAUCGAUUACGUAUUGAAGGAAAACUUCUUCUCAUCAAAUAUGAUUAUAGAGAUCGAUGUCUUGAACUAGCUUUUCAAAACGAAAAUCCAAAUGAAUCUCAAAUGAAAAAAUUUCGAAAUCUUAUUCAAACUAAAUUUGAUAAAGAAAAAGCUAUUUGUGAAGUAGCUCUAUUGAAGCAACGUCUUCUUUACAGAUGUUUACCAGAAACGAUUGCUAAUAUACAAUUACCUGCACCAAUAUCAUUAGCUAGUAUUCAGAAUGAAAAAACUCGUCAACGUCUUAUAAAUCGACAUGAAAAGAUUGUCGAACGAACAAAAUCUGAUAUGAUACAUGUCUAUGUUAUAGUUGCUGAAAUACAAAUGAAUGAAUAUACAAUGAAAUUUGAUACAGAUAUGGCUCAAAUGGAAAAAGAUCAACGUACUGCUCUUGAUCAUGAAAAACUCAAUGAACCCAUGUUAAAUAUUAUCAAACAACGUCUUCAAAACAUCGAUGAACGUUUUCGUUGUUUACACCAAUUAAAAUUACAUUUUUUUCGAGCAAACUCCGACAACCAAGAACUAGAUUUGAUUCAUCAUCGGAGCAUUGAUAUACUAUCAAACAAAUCUACUAAGAACUCUUGUGCACCAACGCUGAUUCAAGAUGCUAUUCAUUAUCUUUCAAGAAAAGAAUUAGCAUUUCUUCAUCGUGGUCCAACUUAUGUUUCACCAUGUCAAUUACAUGAUCCUUCAUCACCAAUUAUCUUUGAUCUUGCACUAAACAAACACAUAGCACCACUUCAACAACAACUUACCAAACUAUUUACAAAACAUAAUGUUAAUUUCACUUGUCGCUUGGCUUUUGAAAAAGCCGUACGUAAUCAAUUUAUUCGCUCAUUUUCUGAACCUAUACCAACAUCAGUGAAAGUACGUGCAUCGAAUGAAAAAAAACUUAUUCAAUCAAUUCAAUUUCAAUUAAAACAAAAUAAUCUUAUUCUACGACGAACAGCAGAUGAUCAAAAUAUGUAUUAUCUUGGUGAACGAGAUGAAUUUGAUCGUAUAGCCAAUGAAUUUAUAGAUAAUACACUUUGUUAUGAAUGCAUUACAGUUAUAGAUAAUCAAAAUAGUAAUUUUGAACAAGAAUAUUUACAUGAAUUGAUUCAUUCCAUUAAUUCUGACUUGCAAAAAUUGCAUCAAAAUCGAAUCAUUAGAAAAGAUCAUUUACCAAAGAUCCAAAUCGAUAAAAAAGCGACGAUCAGAAUUCCACAUCUUUAUUUUCUUCCAGAAAUACAUCAUGAUGGCCAUAUAACACUACAACCAAGAUUUACUUGUUCAUCAUCAAGCCAAUAUCCAAUUCAACGAUUAGCCACAUAUCUUGAUCAAAUAAUACGACCAUUAUUUGAAAGUUAUUCUCGAUCUACCAGCUUUCGUAAUGGUACUGAUUUUAUACAACAACUACAACAUUAUUGUGGUCAAAGCAAUCGUCUUCUACCAACAACAAAUUUUAUUACAUUUGAAAUUCAACAUUUUCAUUAUCGCGUAUCACACGAAGCUCUUCGCCUAGCAUUGAAUAAAUUUCUUCAUCGUCCUGAUGUAGAACAAAUUCGACAUGAUGGUUUAACAGCAGAUGCCGUUGAAAAAUUAGUAGAAUUCGUUUUACAGUAUCAUAUUUUUAUAUACAAUGGAAAAAUCUAUCGACAUAGUAAAGGUGGUCCAUUAAAUGUACCAUUAACAGAAUUAUUAGGUAAUAUCUAUUUACAUCAGUGGCAUUUGCCACUCACAAGUGAAGUACGUCUUGCUGAUCAAUUCUAUGGUCAUUUUCAUCAUAUGGGUUUUUUAACAUGGCAUGGUUCGAGAGACAAACUCAAUAAAUGUUUUAAUGAACUCAAUCAACAACAUCCAGAUAUACCAGUCAUUAUUUCUGUUGGAUUACAUGUGAAUUUUCUCAAUGUUGAUAUUGAAAAUCGUCAAGGUAAUCUACAUACAUGUGUUUAUCAUGAUCCAAAUCAACAACCAUUUCUAUUACCCUAUGCUAUCAAUUAUCCACGAAUAUCACAUCGACAAUGGGUUCGAUUUGCUCUUCUACGUGCUGGUCAAUAUUGUAGUUCAUGGGAUGAUUUUCAAGAUGAACGCAUCUAUAUUGAAUUAACUUGUUUAGCCAAUGGUUAUUCAUUAGAUUUUGUUGAAUAUCAUAUGGAACAAUUCUUUACACGAUUUCAUCCAAUGGACAGGGGUAUUAUUCUCAAUCGAUGGACAUAUCCUACGUUUCGUACACGAUUAUUUACUUAUAUGCGUGAACAACAACAACGACAAUUAAAGAACAGUCCUUCUUUCAUUCAAUUAAGUUAUCUAUUUGAUUGGGGUUCACGAUGUGAAUUCAAUGAGAAAUUCGAUCGAUUAUGGUGGCAAAUACUUGGGUUCGAUACAAAUUUUAGAAAAUUAAAUUUAAGAGUAAAACUUAUUUCUAAACAUUGUUAUCCAUCCAAUGCUUACUUCUUUCCAUAA